UUUCUACAGUACUACGAGUCUAUCCGGGGAGCCAUUACACGAGAAUCAACGCUGAAACGAUGAAGGCUGCAACUGUGCUGUUGGCAUUCGCCAUGCUUAUCCUUCCCGCGAUGAGUGUUCACGCUGCAGAGAAAUGUGGUGGUGACAACGAGCACUACCUCACGUGUGGUCCAGUGCAACAACCGACCUGCGACAAUCCGUCGGUAGAGAACGAUCUCAUUGGCUGUGCACAAGGGUGCUUCUGUAAGCCGGACUACAUUCGACAUGCAGAAGGCGGAAUAUGCGUAGACAUUAAUGCCUGCCCAUAUUAGUGUAACAACUAUCCAUACUAGUGUAAUGUCCGGCAACGUAUUCCAUCGUAAGCAAUCGAAAACCCGCGAUGAACAAGUCGAUAAAAAAGCCUUUUUUGGCGAUAAACGUGGUGGACUAUUCGAAAUGUAGGAGAAACCACUAUUCGAAUUGAAUUUGUACAGUAAAUAAAACAAGCAAAGAGAGGCUGACUACAA